AUGUACAUCAUGCCUCUGUACUUGGUGGUAUCCUCGCCCAACGUCAUACUGAUCCUGUGGUACACCGUUGUUAAGUGUGAUUCCAGUUUUGCUGUAUUCGGCUCCAAGUUCAGAAAGCUCGGUCCGGUUGCAAUGUUUAAGGAGGUUUGGGGUAGUGUAGAUUUCUUCGACUCGUUUGUCUACAUCUUCGUCAUCUCCUACUGCACUCUUCAGGUCAUUUUGAUGAAAACACUUCCCGGCAAAAAGUUCACAGGACCAGUAACCAGUCGCAACAAUGUACCUUUGUACUAUGACAACGGCUUCAAGUGUUAUGUUGUCACUAUGUUCAUUUACACCGCUAUCUCCAUCUUUCUCUACAAAUUCACGAAAUACAGAGUUACUAUUUUUUACGAUCAUUUUGGAAACUUUUUAGGCAUUAUGACUUGCGUCAGUUUGGUGUUGUGUCUUUUUCUCUACUGGAAGGGUCUUAAGUAUCCCAGUUCCUCUGAUUCAGGGACCACUGGAAAUUUUUUGUUUGAUUAUUAUUGGGGUACUGAGUUGUAUCCCAGGAUAUUCGAGAUUGAUGUAAAGGUCUUCACGAACUGCAGAUUCGGCAUGACGAUGUGGAGUUUACUGGUGGUCACGUUCGCCCUCAAGAACUACGAACUCUACGGCUUUGUAGACAGCGUGUGGCUGUCGACGGCGCUGCAGACGAUCUAUUUUGUGAAAUUUUUUUGGUGGGAGUCUGGAUACCUGAGCACUAUCGACAUUAUGAUGGAUAGAGCCGGGUUCUACAUAUGCUGGGGCUGUCUGGCCUACAUUUCUGGACUCUAUGCUUCAUUGAGCCUGCAUCUGGCGACACAUAGAGUUAUCCUUGGAUGGACGCUCACUUCUUUAAUCUUCGCCAUUGGACUGACGAGCAUCGGCGUCAACUAUUGGGCGGAUUAUCAGAAGCAGGAGGUGAGGCGUACAAAUGGGGCCUGCCUAAUCUGGGGGAAAAAGGCUGACGUCAUCAGGGCUUACUACGAGCUCGAGGAUGAAAAUAAAACCGUCAAAACUUCUCUGUUGUUGGUCUCAGGUUUCUGGGGCAUUUCUCGCCAUUUUCACUAUCUCCCAGAACUUUUGCUCGCGCUUUGCUGGUCUGUCCCUGCCGGAUUUCAACGAGCCAUGCCUUACUCCUACCUCUUCUUCCUCACCAUACUUCUCGUUCACCGCACCUUCAGAGAUGAUACGAAAUGUAGGAAGAAGUACAAAGUCUACUGGGAGCAGUACUGCAACAAAGUACCCUACAAAAUGAUCCCAGGAAUCUUUUAA